AUGGUCAUCGAUCUUGGAGGCCAACACACAUGGUUCGACUGUGGCAAUGGCUCUGAUUUACCAACAUACAGGCCCAUCAAAUGUGGCUCUAGAAAAUGUAGAAAUGUUAAGAACUUUGGAUGUGUUGGUUGCAAUCUUCCUCGCAAACCAGGGUGCACCAACAAUACUUGUGGCGUCGCCUCAUACAAUCCGUACUCCAAUGAUCUUUAUGCCCAAGGCAUUGGGGAGGACGCGUUGUACAUUGAUUCUGUUUCUACCAAUGGCCUAUCCAUCGGAUUGAGUUACCAUUCUCCUCAGCCAUAUCUAUUUUCUUGUGCUAAUUCAGAUCUUUUAAGAGGCUUAUCUAACUCAACCACAGGUAUGUCAGGCCUAGCUAAUACCACAACUUCGUUGCAUACACAAAUGUCAGCCCAAUUCAAUCUGCCUCAUAAAUUUGCUAUUUGUAUGCCUUCUGCAUCUGAUUAUGUAAUAGGCCAAAUCUUCAUCGGUGGGGGAAAAUACAUGUAUCCUCCCUAUGAUAAAGAUAUAGCAACAGAAUUAUCUACCACGCCACUCGUGAUUAACCCUGUAAGUACUGCUCCAGCAUAUACAGAAGGUGACCCAUCAGAUGAGUACUUCAUAUAUAUCAAAUCUAUUAGUGUCGAUCACAAGGUUGUUGCGGUGAACUCUUCCUUGCUAUCCAUCGACAAACAAGGCAACGGUGGGACAAAACUCAGUACAAUCAUUCCAUAUACUAAAUUGGAGACCUCCAUUUACAAGGCUCUGGUAGAUAAUUUUAACAAAGCUGCAGCACUGAGAAAGAUAAAAAGAGUAGCAUCCGUGGAGCCCUUCGGGGCAUGUUUCAGCUCUAAAUCUAUCGCCACAAGUCAGACAGGACCUUUAGUUCCGUAUAUAGAUAUUGGCUUAGCAGGAAAUGAUCAUGACUGGAGAUUCUAUGGUGCAAACACAAUGGUAGCGGUUAAUAAGAAUGUGAUGUGCCUUGCAUUUUUGGAUGCAGGCUCAAAGCCAAGGACUCCGAUAGUCAUAGGAGGGUAUCAGAUGGAGAAUUAUGUUAUUGAGUUUGAUCUUGUUUCCUCAAAGCUUGGAAUCAGCAAUUCGCUUUUAUAUCACAACACAACCUGCUCCCAGUCUCCACUUAGGUAG